CUGCAUGCACUUCCUCUGAAAGAUAACGAUCUGACAACCGUCGUCACCUGUAUGAGCGUGUCAAACUAUCUUUGAAACUCGUUUGUUUCCUCUUUCAAGUUUGCAAAGACAGUGUCCUGGGACGUAGCUGCACUACUCAGAAGUCAGGAACAAAAGAGGCUACAGCCUGCUGCGAUGGCAAGGUGGUGGCCAGAACGGAGACACAGAUGAAGGGACACCCUCCUCCUCCUCCUCCCCGCAUCGUCCGACGCAAAGCGAUGGGUUACAAGCGGAGGGAGAGCUGUGAUGCGAACAGCGGUGGCGUCACCAUGGGAACUGCGGAAACCAGAGCUGAAGAGCAGCAGAAUUUCAGUCCGAGAUGCAACACUGACAUUAACUCUGCCCUUAUUAUGAGGCAGGCAAUACCACAUGUUACCAGCCCCAAACCUGCUCAUAACAAUCCGAUUAAGACAAUGAUGCCACUGGGACAACUAGCCAAAGGGGCCACGUUGGAACAAGUAAUCGAUACGUGCAUUGAGUCAUUUGAUUUGAAAGGAAAUGUCUGUGGAAAUAGUCACCUGUUGCAGGUAACCCUCACAAUGCAUCGACUAAUCACAACAUCGACAGAGCUGCUUGAAAAACUUAUCUCAUUAUAUCCUUUCACAUUUUUUUCUCCUACAUGGAGUAAGCAAGUUAAUCUAUGGCACAUGCAUAGCAGUAGCUGA